AUGGGCCUCGACGUCGCGGAAAUCUCUGAAUUGGCGGCGCUCCGGCCGGUCCAGACGACCGAAGUGCCAGGGGCGGACGAUGCUGCCGCCGACACCGGCUGCGUCACGCCGAAGGCGAGCGGCUCCGUGGCCAUGCUGCCAAUUGCGCCACUGCAGCAAGUCGACGUUGGCUUCGCCACGCCGCUGGCCGCGGGUGGAGAAAUUGGGCCGCGAGAGGGCUGCGGAGCGGGGGCCACUGCCGGCGACGAGGGCAGCUUCACCACGCCCACAACGGCCGACAGCGCGCUGGUGCCGGCCACCGUGUGCCCGCCGGCACCGCGCAAGUCGGCGCCGGCUCCGACCAGGAAGCGGGCGCCGCUGCAGCAGCGGCUCUUCUUCUACCCUGUGCCGAGCGACCUGACCACCGUCUUCGUCGCCGUGCCGCAGUGCCCGUCGCCUGCCAAGAAAAUGCGGGCGCACGUGGUAGAAUCUUCCGUGCCUCUAGGCACGUGA